AUGGAAAAAGAAGUUGGUGCAGUUGCUCCACUUCAGGAUCACGACGUGGCCGCUAUCAUCGUUGAGCCUAUUCAAGCCGAGGGUGGGGACAAUUACGGAAGUCCUGCCUUCUUCAAACAAUUACAGAAGAUCGCAGCCGAUAACGGCAUCGUCUUCAUUGUUGACGAGGUCCAAACCGGUGGUGGUGGAACGGGUGAUAUGUGGGCACACAGCCACUGGAACCUUGAUUCACCUCCUGAUAUUGUCACUUUCUCAAAAAAGCUUAUUACCGGAGGAUAUUACUAUAAAGAGAAUCUUCGUAUUAAGGAGGGUUAUCGAAUUUACAACACUUGGAUGGGAGAUCCAACAAAGCUGUUCCUCUUAGAAAAAGUGGUCGAAGUCAUCAAACGAGACGACCUAAUCAACAAGACUAAAUUAGUGGGAGAAUAUUUCCAAAGCGAGCUCGCGAAUCUGCAGGCAAAUCACUCGUCGAAAGUCAGUCAGGCUCGUGGUUUGGGAACCUUUGCAGCGAUCGACUUCCCUAAUGCUUCAGUACGAGAUCAAUUCGUGGACAAGGCAAUCAAUCUCGGCCUGCAUUGCGGCGGAUGUGGCGAGAAGUCGCUGCGUUUCCGACCAUCGUUAGUGUACGACAAGAAGCACGUCGAAAUCACAUUUGAUCUGCUUGACAAGGCACUCAAACAGUUAUAA